AUGUCGACUCUUAAGCCUGAAAUAAUUGAGAUCCUGAACUUCCGACAGCUGGCUGAAAUCACAAUGUUUCCACCUCUGCAUAACAACACAGAUGCAAUUUUCAAGAUCUUGCAGAGAAUAAAGAAGGGAAAUUAUAUAGAUACCCUCACUUACAUGUCUAACUUUAAUAUUUAUGCCAAGCAGAAAAAUCUGACCACACUGAUGAACACCGAAGUGAAGUACUCCCUGCUAGACUCUAUUCUCAGACAGCUGAGCUCCGAUUUCUCCUGGUUCACCAAAAUUACUUGGAAAAACUGGUUUCAAAACCAGUUGGUCUUAUUACUUCCUAAUGUAAAUCAAACACUGCUUAAUUAUUUGCCCACUGCUAUUGACUGUGACUCCUUCCAAGCUCUAGUAAAAGGCAUGGAUAAUAUAUAUGAAAAACUAUCAGACACAAGCAAGGAGGAUGUGUACAACUACCUUAAAAAAUACGGUCAAGCAAACUCAUCAGGUCUUCUUUGUGACGCACAGAACUCAACACUGUGGGUAAUUAAUAAUCUUGGCAGAUACAUUAGUCUUGCGACUUAUGAAGAAUUAGUAAACCUGAACAGAAAUUUUAAUGGGUUUGAGGUGCUUGACUUUCUGAAUAUACAACAGAUUGCAGAAAUGACUGUGUUUACACAACUCCACAAUGUGUCUGCAAAUAUGUCGUUAAUCUUCACAAAGUUAAAGGAAAGUCCGAGUAAAGACCUAGAGAGAUAUAUUCUCCUGUUUAACAAUUUUGCUCAGCAGAGAGGCCUCAUAACCUUGAAAAAUGCCACAGUGAGAGAUGCCAUGCUUGGUGCUAUUUUAAAUCUAUUAUCUCCUGAACUCAUCUACUUUAAUUAUUCCGAUUGGAAGGAAUGGUUUCAGUCCAGGUUGACCUUAUUUCUUCCCAGCAUGAACAAAACAUUUUUGAAGCUUUUGCCUUUCAAUAUUACUUGUGAAGCUUAUCAGUCAAUGUAA